UUGGCCCUUCUUUUUCCUUUUUCCUUUUUCUUUUAAUCUCACUCAGUACUACUGAUCGAGUCUGAGUGAGCUCUCCCAGUCACUCUCAGUCUCUUAUCUCUCGCACACAGAAACCUUGUGUGUAUGUGACAGAGUUAGAGCUAGCAAAGAGAGAGUGAUAUAGGUUUGGUUUGGCGUAGUUGUCUUAAAUGGUCGAUGAGGGUUAGAGAGAGAGAGAUAGAGAGAGAGUGUAAAGAGCAGAGUGGGUGCAGUUUCCAUGGCGGCGUUGCAGGGCUCUAAUUCCGUGCCAUUAUUGCUUCGAACAACGACACCACCAGAAUUGAAAACCCAACUCUUCAUCAACAACAAAACAACUACUUAGUUUUUCCUCUGUCUUACCCUAAAAUAGUCCCAAACAAUAAACCCCCUCAAAAAAGCUGCCAAACAAAACCCAACCUCCCCACAACACCAUAACAACGAGAUCACAUAGCUAGAUUCACACAGUACUCUAUCUAUCUAUCUCACACACACACAAACAGAGUGAGUGAGUACCAGAUCGGUCGGUUCAAAAAGCAAAGCCGAAACCCUGGAAAACCCGGGUGUUAGAAUCACUGAUCUGCAAUCAAGAUUUGGUAUUCUGAUAUGGAUUUUUACCCCAAAUUGAGGUCAUUUUCGUGUGCGAGAAAUGGCUGGGUUCUUCGGUAAUUUAGGGGGAAGAGAUCAAGGGCCGAGAAACAAACAAGACGGAGACGAUGAAAGAGGAGGAAAUUUAAACCUGUUUUCGUACGGAAACGAAGAGAUCUACAACAACAAGGGGGGUUUCGAGUUAUGGCCACAGUAUCAUCCUCACCAUCCUCAUCAUCAGCAAAGCUUGAACUACUACGCGUUUGGAGUGGAUCCUAGCCGUAAUAACAACCACAACAACUUGGAGGGCAACGUCUCGGAUGACUCAUCUUCGGGGUUGAGACUCACUGUGAUGCGACAAGGAAGCGGCGGUGGCGGUAGUGGUCUAGGAUCGGGCGGAAUGAAUUGUCAGGAUUGCGGGAAUCAAGCUAAGAAAGACUGUCCUCACUUGCGGUGCCGAACCUGUUGCAAGAGCCGAGGGUUUCAGUGCCAAACACACGUCAAGAGCACUUGGGUUCCUGCCGCGAAACGCCGCGAGAGGCAGGAACAAUUCUCUGCUCUUCAGCAACAACAACAACAACAGCAGUUACAGUUUCCGAAAAGGCAGAGAGACAAUCAAGCAGGAGGAGCUGGAGGCUCUUCUCUAGCCUGCGUUCGUAUACCCACUAACACGUCAGGGUUGGAGCUUGCACCAUUUCCAGCGGAGGUGAGCUCGCCAGCCCUGUUCCGGUGUGUGAAAGUCAGUGCAAUGGACGAUGUGGAGGAGCAGUACGCGUACCAGACGGCGGUGAACAUCGGAGGGCACGUGUUCAAGGGACUUCUCUACGAUCAAGGACUGGAUGGUCAUUACACAAGCGCCACCACCGCCGGCGAUAGCUCCUCAGGCCAACAAGACGGAGGAGGCGGAGGGGGACAUCAUCAUAAUAAUCAACAGCAACUUAAUCUUAUAACCACCACAAGCACAAGUGCCAACCCACCUACGGCGACGUUGCUCGACCCUACGGUGGUGUUUCCGACUCCGCUGAAUGCUUUUGUGGCUGGUACGCAAUACUUCCCACCUCCGAGGUCUUAGAAAAUAAAAACACUAAGGGCCAGCUAGCCAUUGGCUCGCUUUCGUUUUUGCAACUCAAAUCUUCAUGUCUCAGCUACUAGCUAGCUAGAUCUAAUAUUGAUUGUUCCUCUAUUAAUCGUUAUGGCUUUCUAUCAUCAUCGUGGAUCAAGUUAAUUUCUAGCUUUUAACAUGCCCUAGGAAACUGGAGAGGAUAAUGAUGAUGAUGAUGAGAACGAUAUUGGGAUGUUUGGUUUUGUUCCGAAUUUCAAUUCUGAUUAAUUAGAAUUAACUUAAUCAUUUAGUUCUUGUCUUAAUGAUUAUUGUUUGUGCAGCAGCAGCAGCCGCUAGGUUGUAUUAUAAUAUUUGUUGUUUAAGUUUC